GUCAAAAUGGCUGUAAACGUUCUGAACUUAGUUUGAUAAGAGUUAGACCGUUUUUCCAACUGUGUGAUUGUCAGUUUACAGAGCGAUAACAGAUCAGCUGCUAGAUAUUAAAGUCUUGGGCAGGCUCGUCCAGACUCUAAUCAGUAAAAUGACUCAGGUGCGCCCAGGUAAAGGUGGUUAAAAGGAAGCUCAGUGCUCACGUGUUCAGCAGUUGCUGUGAGACCUGUGAGUGAGGCAAUAUGGCUGCGAAUACCGUGCUUAUUGUGUACGCGCACCAGAGCGCGGGAUCUUUCAAUGCAGCUGCCAAAGAUGCUACUGUGGCCGUGCUAAAGAAACAGGGCUGCAAUGUGUUGGUUUCUGACUUGUACGAAAUGAAGUUCAAGGCCACAGCAACCAAGGAUGAUAUUAAUGGAUCUGUAAAGAAUCCAGAGCACUUCUGUUAUGGAGAGGAGACCAUGUUGGCCUGGCAGGAGGGGCGAAUAGCUUCUGAUAUUGUUGAGGAGCAUAAGAAACUCCAAGAAGCUGACCUUAUUAUUUUUCAGUUUCCAAUGUACUGGUUCUCCGUUCCUGCAAUCAUGAAAGGCUGGAUGGAUCGGGUUCUUACACUGGGUUUUGCCUACACCCCAGAAAAGCGCUACAGUCAGGGCACCUUCAGGGAUAAAAAAGCCAUGUUGUCCUUCUCCACUGGUUCUCAUGAGUCAGUGUUUAGCCCUAAUGGGAUCAAUGGAGACAUAAAUGUUACAUUGUGGCCAAUUCAGAAUGGUGUCCUCUACUACUGUGGCUUCCAGGUCCUAGCACCGCAGAUCUUCUGGGCACCCAUGCACCUCUCUCCUGAGGGCCGUGAAAACCUGUUGGAAAGCUGGCGUUCUCGUCUUCAGGGUCUGCUGAGUGAGGAGACUCUUGCUUUUCCACCUGCAGAAAGCUUUGACGAGGGGAAAGGCUUUCAACUGAAGCCUGAAGUCAAGGAAAAGCAGGCUGACUCUCCCUUUGGUCUCACUGUGGGUCACCACCUGGAGAAACCUCUGCCACCCCACAACCAGAUGAAAGCUGGAGUGUGAUGCAGUACCACAUGAGGGCAGCACUGCACCAUGUCAUUAAAUUCGAGGCUGAAUCUGAUUUUACA